AUGGCGUCCCUGAUAUCUCUCGAAGAUCACUUUAUAUCUGAUGCCAUGAAAGCGCGGUCUCAGAAUUUGGACGAGUUUGCAUUCCAUCUGUGGCCUGAGAACCUCAAUGAAAAGCUUUCUUCUCUGCGGGACCUCAGAAUCAGCGACAUGGACAAAGGGGAAAUAAUCGUCCAAGUCGUAUCGAGCGUGCCUUCAUCCGAGCCUCUCGACAUAUGCAAGGAAACCAAUGACCAAUUGGCGGAAGCAGUUGAACAGUCCUAUGGCCGUCUAAGGGGCUUUGCAAGUGUUCCCAUGGACAGUCCCAAAGAGGCCGCAGGGGAGUUGGAACGAUGCAUAAGAGAGCUAGGAUUUCUGGGCGCCCUCAUCCCAAACAAUGCCCACGGCAAGUACUACGACACUGGGGAGUACGAAGAGUUCUGGGGCAGAGCCGAAGCCCUUGGUGUUCCUGUCUAUCUCCAUCCCACUCCGCCUCCAGAAGCUACGAAGGCGACAUAUCGAGGAAACUACCUGGAUGAGGUUGCCACCAUUCUCUCGGUCGGUGGUUGGGGUUGGCAUGCAGACACGGCUAUCCAUAUAGUCAAGUUGUAUGCCAGUGGGUUGUUUGAUUCAUUCCCCAAGCUGAAAGUCAUCAUUGGACACGCGGGAGAAAUGCUUCCCUACAUGAUCACGCGGAUCAAUUCGCGUCUGACCAAAGGCUGGGGGUCCCGAAAACGAGACCUGAAAACUGUUUGGGCAGAGAAUUUGUGGAUCACGGUCUCAGGCUUCUGGGACCUUGGACCCUUCUCCUGCAUGCUCAGAACGGUAGCUAUAGAUCGGAUCUUGUUUAGUGUCGACUAUCCAUUUGAGAGGAACGAGUCUGGCCGGGAUUUCAUGGCGACGGUACGCGAGAGUGGAUUAGUGACAGAAGAGCAGUGGAGGAUGAUUGCGUCCGGCAACGCUGAAAGGCUGCUAGGAAUUUCUUGA